AUGGCAGAUCGUACAAGUAAAAGUAUUCUCCGGGUGGGUCUCGGCUCCUCAGGAGUCGGGGAAUCCCAUGCGCCGUCCUCGGACGGUGGCCGGCCCGUGUAUACGGAGGGGCCAACUAGUGCGAUGAGGGAUGAGGGGGCCGCUAAGGCGGCGAGGAAGGACGAGGAGGCCGCUAAGGCGGCGAGGCAGCGGGCCAUCUUGGCUGCGUUAGGAGGAGGAGGAGACAGCGCGAAGAAGCGCGACAGCCCGAAGCCGGCGCCCAUUACCGCGCCGGCGGCGGAGAUUCUAACGGACGAAGACAUCGACUUCAGUCAGCCGCAGCCUAACGGCAGGCGCUCUGAUGACGACAUGGCGCCGCCCCUCAGUAAAGGAGCGGUGCCCAAACCCAAAAGAGGACGCGGCCGCCCGCCAACGACCGGACAAUAUGUCGGCUUGGCGAAGGCGCAAGCCGAUUUCAACAGAGAGAAAGAGGAGGCCCUUCGACUCCAGGCGGAGGAGGAGGUGGCCGAGGCGGCCAGGGCGGCGCGAGAGACGCGCUCUUCGCUCCUUGCGAGCCCCGCGCCUAUGGAUGAAGACAGGCCAGAGCAGACCAACCACGCUCUGGCCCAAUGUGUUGAGACUUCGCUGGGAACGAUCUCCAUGGUCGCAGCGAAGUCGAAUAACCUCAAGGGGACGUUCCAGCGGCUCCUCAAGGAGGCGGUCAGCGACAUACGCGCCACCGUCGCCGAAAUGAGAAGCCGCGGAGCGACCGAAGAGAUGAAGGCCCUCGAGGCUCAGAAUGCGCGGCUCCAGAAUGAAGUGGAGUCUUUGCGCAAAGAGCUAGAGGAGCUACGCCGUCAGGUGUUGAAGCCGGCCGAGCAGGACAUGCGCCAGCUGUUGUCUGAGGUCUCUCGUUCCAACGUAGAGACCUUCAGCAACAUGCUGAACGCUCGGCUGGCCGGACUGGAGAGUCGGCUCCUCCCAGAGCCUCGACUGCGACCUCCGCUCUCGGCGGACAGAGCCCGGAGUAUCACACCGGCCGACGCCGAGAGUGUAGAGGCAAUACCGGAGGAGACGCCGGGGCCCCCGAUGCCAAAAGCUAAGGGGAAACCGGCCCAAAAGAAGACGCGGCAGCCAAUCGCCGCAGAGGUCCCGCAUGAGACCCCUGCCACGCGCGAGGCGCCCAAGGCCAAGAAGGGCAGGAAGAAGAAGCGGCCAUCAAUGGCCGCUCAGGAGGCGGCACAGGGGGGAGCGAACACCAGCUCCCCUCGUACUGAGGCCCCUUGGACCAAGCCGGGGCACAAGGCGGCAGAGUGCGGGGCAGCGGAGCCGAACUGCUCCCUGUGCGAGGCCGCUGGCAGAGUUGAAAGGGGGCACGAGCUGGGCAGAUGUCCAUCUGCUAAAAAGCCGGCCCCCGGAGAAGACAAGGCGCCGACCAAAAAAGCCCGACAGAAGUCGAGGCCAAGGGGAGCGCGGGCCCCGCUCGCUCCCGCCCGAAUGGAGACGGAUGCCUAG